AUGACCAACAAUCUAGGAGUCGGACAGGCCCACGAGUCUCAUUUUGGUCCAGCAUCCGAGGUUGUUGGUAUCGCUGAGUUUCUCAACGCCGCAACCACCUUUCUUGUCACCGAAGACUCUCGGGAUGAAUCCCCCGACGCGCAAGUACCGCGAGAUCACAACCUUGAAAAAGCUUGGGUGUCUGUUCCAUCCACACAGCAAGCCGCCGUGGCUGCCGAAUGCAGUUUGGACGACUUGAAAGAUCCCAUCCAUGGCGUGCUUACCAGCCCGAAGCUCAUGGCUCAUGUAUCGAGAUCGGCGGAGUCAUCCAGCCGCAGAAAGAGAAGAAAGGUGGCCGUUCCAGAGCCCGGAGAUGAACAAGCGGACGUGACUACUCUGCGAUUGAGCCUGGACAGUAGCAAGCUGAAAUGUUGGCCCCUCACAUCGCACGCCGCGUCGUUCAUCCGUCCACCGAAGCAUUCCGAUCGCAACACGCUGGAACGUGCUAAAUCAUUUGGCACGGCCACUGAUAGUAGCAAGGUCCAUGAGGCAUUGAUAUUUGUCACGAUAUACAAUAAGCUUUCUUGGGGCCAUCGCCAGCUUCUCCGUCUGUCGCAGCAUGUCAUGCUGUCGUCACAAACUCUUGGUGAUCUAUUCAAUGUGAUUCCAUGCCAAUCCGACCACAUUCACGCGGAAGCCGGAAAUGAGCCUACCCAUGACAGCGGAGAGCAGUCGACUCCGAAUAGCGCGGAUACCGCACGGGAGGGCGAUUCGGGCGCUGUAAUGUGGAUUGACAAUACCUUGUAUGGCGACGGACGGGAGCCAGCAGACUACGCAAAGAAAGUGUUAAAGUUGCUCAACACGUUGCCGAGCGAUAGGAAGGAGCGCCCCGACCUUGUGAAGGGCCCGCCCAUGCGCGACGCCACCUUCGCUUCUCUUUCUCUCCGUCUGCACCAGCCCUAUUGGCUCCUGCACGCGGGGAACUGCGAGCACCACUUCGUGAUUGAACACGUACGGUUGCACCAUCCCGCGGACCCGCCGACGUCUGCGUACCCACUCACCACCCAUCUAACGCCGCCCUUGCUCGACCUGUGUCGCGCGUGCAAUAAGGUCCCCGCUAUCUAUGCCAUACUUGGGGAUAUGCGAUUGGGCGAAAGUCCUUUCGUUAUCUGUGCCCCUUGCUGGUCAUGGAUGGGAGAGCCAACAGGUGCGGAUGUAGAAGGUGUCACUGUCAUUCCACUGCCGAAAUACGAGCGUGGCUGGGUCACUACGUAG